AUGGUUACAAAAGAACAACAUGAACUCGACUGGUCUAUUGAUUUAAUAGAUUCAGUUUGGUUUCAUAUUGGUAGUUAUAUGUCAAUUCAUGAUAUUCAUCGUUUAACACGUACAUGUUAUCGUUUACAUACACUUUUUACUAGUAAUGAUUUUUGGUCGUAUCUUAUUCGUAAAAAAUUUGGAAAUCAAAUUUGGCAUCGUCUAAUAAAAAAUUCUUCAUUAUUCAUUGAUGAUGAAAAUAAAAUUUUCAAUUGUAUUACUAAACCAUGUCAUUCGAAAUUAAUCUAUAUUGAAUUAAUGACUCGUAAAUGUAUAUCAUUCUCCGAAUUUAAUCUUUUUUCAUUUGAUACAAAUCGAAAUUAUACAACUAUUGCUGAUCCAUCGAGUUUAAAUGGUUAUGUACUUUAUAUAAAAGAUUCACUUGAACUUUGUUAUUCACUACAUAUUGAAACAAUUUUUAAAAAUAUUCUACCGGGAAAAUAUGAUGUUAUCUGGCGUAUGAAACUUGAUAUACCUUAUAUUGUAGGUGACACCGAAUUUUAUGCUGCUGCUGAACAAAUUAGUCCUGGUCAAGUUGCCUAUAUGCGAUGGACACAAGAAGAUUUCUUAUCGAUGUAUCGAUGUUUUUAUUGUGAUAUAACAAAAACAAACUUAUGGUUUUAUCAAACAAUAGGUUUCGUAGAAAUAAAUGGAAAUAAACCAUGUGAUGUUUAUAUAUCAAUGACAAAUUAUAAUUCACUUCAUGCCAAACAUGGAAUUUAUUUAGAUUAUGUAGAAUUAAAACUUCGUUUAGAAUAA